ACAUUGACAAGUUCACAGAGAAAGGGGGCCUGUCUUUCUCCCUGUUGCUCUGGGCCACCCUCAAUGCCAGCGUGGUGAUGGUGGGCUCCGUCAUCGUUGCGUUCAUAGAGCCCGUGGCAGCUGGCAGUGGCAUCCCCCAGAUCAAAUGCUAUCUCAACGGCGUGAAGAUCCCGCACGUUGUCCGCCUCAAGACCCUGGUGAUCAAAGUCUGCGGGGUCAUCCUGUCGGUGGUGGGCGGCCUGGCCGUCGGGAAGGAAGGCCCCAUGAUUCACUCAGGAGCAGUGAUUGCUGCUGGCAUCUCCCAGGGAAGAUCCACUUCUUUAAAGCGAGACUUUAAGAUCUUCGAGUACUUCCGCAGAGACACAGAGAAGAGGGACUUCGUCUCGGCUGGAGCUGCUGCUGGGGUCUCAGCUGCCUUUGGUGCCCCCGUGGGGGGUGUCCUCUUCAGCUUGGAGGAAGGGGCUUCCUUCUGGAACCAGUUCCUGACGUGGAGAAUUUUCUUUGCCUCCAUGAUCUCUACAUUCACUCUGAACUCAGUCCUGAGCGUUUACCACGGCAACGCUUGGGAUCUCUCCAGCCCUGGGCUCAUCAACUUCGGGAGGUUUGACAACGAGAAAAUGGGAUACACGAUCCAGGAAAUUCCUAUCUUCAUCUUCAUGGGAGUGGUUGGUGGGAUCCUUGGGGCACUGUUCAAUGCCCUCAAUUACUGGUUAACGAUGUUCCGGAUCAGGUACAUCCACCGGCCCUGCCUCCAGGUGGUGGAGGCCAUGCUGGUGGCAGCAGUGACAGCAACUGUGGGGUUUGUCAUGAUUUACUGCUCGAGAGACUGCCAGCCCAUCCAGGGGAGCACGGUGGCGUAUCCCCUGCAGCUUUUCUGUGCUGAUGGAGAGUACAACUCCAUGGCCACUGCCUUCUUCAACACACCUGAGAAGAGUGUUGUCAACCUCUUCCACGAUCCUCCAGGUUCCUACAACCCCAUGACACUGGGCAUGUUCACACUGAUGUAUUUCUUCCUGGCCUGCUGGACCUACGGACUGACAGUGUCUGCAGGGGUCUUCAUCCCCUCCCUGCUGAUCGGGGCUGCCUGGGGGAGGCUCUUUGGCAUCUCCCUGUCCUACCUGACCAAAGGCUCGAUCUGGGCUGACCCUGGGAAGUACGCCCUGAUGGGAGCUGCUGCACAACUAGGUGGGAUAGUGCGGAUGACGCUGAGUCUCACAGUCAUCAUGAUGGAGGCAACAGGCAACGUCACCUACGGCUUCCCCAUCAUGCUGGUGCUGAUGACAGCAAAGAUUGUGGGAGACUACUUCGUGGAGGGGCUCUAUGACAUGCACAUCCAGCUGCAGAGCGUGCCCUUCCUGCACUGGGAGGCCCCGGUGACCUCCCACUCCCUCACGGCCAGGGAGGUCAUGAGCACUCCUGUCACCUGCCUGCGGAGGAUCGAGCGAGUGGGCACGGUCGUGGACAUCCUCAGCGACACCUCCUCCAACCACAACGGCUUCCCCGUGGUGGAGAGCAACCCUGAUGCCACCCGUGCCCGUCGGCACUGCGGGACGAUCCCUGAGGCUCUCCUUCCUCCCAAGGUCUUUGUGGAGAGGGCCAACCUGAGCCUGGUGCAGCGCGAUUUUCGGGAUGCCUCCCCCCGCUUCCCCCCCAUCCAGUCCAUCCACGUCUCCCAGGACGAGCGCGAGUGCAUGAUCGACCUCAGCGAGUUCAUGAACCCCUCGCCCUACACCGUGCCUCAG